CUACUCGGUGCACUCGGUGCGGGGCGACGCAACCAACGCGAAGGUCGGCGACUCGAAGGCUCACGUGUGCGAGGCAAUCAACUGUGUCUACAGCGAUGUACUGAGAGCCCCAGAACACAAUGGCGCUGCGGAGCAGAGAGCGCUGUACCUGAAGCAGGUGCGCAGCGUCGGUGCGAGAGAUUGGCUUCAUCAUCCGUUGCAUGCUGGUCGUGACGAUCUUGCAGAUUGGUGUCCACAAGAUGGUGACCGCAGCUUUGUUGGCAAUAAGUACUUUCACAUGUCGGUUUGGAUUUUCACGACUGACCAAGGUGGCGAGCAGAAGGCCGCAGCUAGACUCAUAGAAGCAGAUUGUAGAUACAUGAAUUUGACACUCGUGUUCCAGCAGUGGUGCAUGCUUCACGAGAUGGCGCUCAUCACGAAAAAGCAAUUGGCCUCGCUCGAUAGAUAUUGGGGCAAUCUCGCGAAGAUCAUUAACGUAUGGAGAACUGGCAGCAACGCAUCGAAGCUGCAUUGCAAAUACAAGGAGGUGCACGGGGAGAAACGGGCAAAGGAAGCCGCAGGGGCAGUGCCCGACGUCGACGAGGAUUUCGAGGAGGAGGGGUACCAGAAGCGAAUUGGUCGAUGGUUGGGGGAAGUACUCGAAUACAUCAGCAGUGACCAGUUCUGGGGAGACCUGUACCUCGCCCACAUAUCGCGGUCUGUUACUGAUCACAUGGCGCAUUGGCUGCAGAAGUGCCAGGGUGACGCGCGCACCUCUACGAAGCCACCCAUUGUGGAGAUGGUGUGCGAAAAAGUAUCUCACUUGGAGUCUGAAUUCAACGAACUGGUUGAUGAUGACAGGUUCAUGGACGUGUGGAGGCCAUUGCUCGAUGUUGUGGGCCAUCGUGACGCCCCGUAUUGGACUGGGCGGAUCGUUCAAUUCUCCUUGGAAGCGGCAACGGAUUUCCAUUGGCGUGUCUUGCGGCCGUCGUGGCAAUUUCCCCGUAGAUUGGCGUGGAUGGUGUGGGAGCUGCCCCACAUAUCUUGCCCACAUCGAGCUCGAGUUGCCCACGAUCUCUUGGUUUCAGAGCCUGUUGAUAUAAAUGAUGAGGCGACGUUGAAGUUCGGGCGUUUGUUCGCCGCGGAGCUCGUGCAGACUGCACGCACUGGCGAGCUACCCCUCAGCAUGUAUGAGUUCCUCUGCGACGUAUUCAAGAUGUGGAAGCUGGACACGCAGGAAAUCGAGGGGGUCAACUCGGUGCUGAAAUACUGCACGAAGAUAUCUUCGAAUUUGGGCUGGAAGCUGAUGUCAGCAAGAACAGUUCUCAAGAAGCGCCUACUACUGUGCAAGGACUCUGCUUCGAGGACGGACCUCAUCGAUGCGUUCGUUGAUUUUUUGGAAGAUGCGAGACAUGUCGCAGCUGAUCAUGUGAUGAGGUUCAAGACGGUCACUGCGGGCGACUUCCCACUGCCUGGCAUCCCUCUCAAUUGGAGUGUCCGAGCUGUUUCAAUCCACGACAUGUGUGCGGCUAAGCUCGUUAUUUCACUCAAGCGUUUGCUGAGGGAGAACGGCAUGGAGUUCAAUAGGUCUUCUUUGUGGGCGCUUCAGAUGCGGUUCGCUCGAGACGACGGGCGCGAG